UGGAAUGCUUCUUCAGCUUGAUACAAAUCAUGCUGAGGACAGUGAUACCCCAUGCUGGGCCAUCAAGGUUGAGGUUCCAGGUCGAUGUCAGAUGUCUGAUCUCGCAGACCAGCGUCAGACUCUAUGCGACCGAGGGUCGACCUGCUAGACCUCCUCCUCCUCCUCCUCCAGCAAAAGCCAGGAUUCGACAGGACCGGCCCCUGCCUCUUCCGAUCCCUUCAACGCCUCAUACACGGGUAGCCAUUCCUCAUGAUCCUAAAUGGCCAUGGGUUGUCAUUCCCUCCAGAACACCUGGCGUCGUCGAGAUGGAACGUAUCGUCUUCUCAAGACCUUAUGUCGAUCGGAAUGAGAAUCUGCCAAUCUACACUUUGAUCUUUCUCACCGUAGUGGUCGGUUGGACUGUAGCCAACCUCGUGGAUCCUGUGGAGAUACCUCCUGAAUCAAAAGAACGGCUCCGCGGGAAGUUCGGAAGUACCUUUGACGAAGGCAUGCCGUGGUGGUUCUAUCCCUCAAUCUGCCUUGUUGUUUCGGCGAUACCAGUCGCCGCGAUUUAUCUUCAAGGCCGUCUCGUAACGCGAUUAUCACAGGUUCGCUACACAGAAGGCAACAAGGACCGUAUAGUCUUGCGCUUGACUACACCGAAUCACCAGAUGCGAAUCCCCAUCUGGAAAGUCAAGCCAUAUCCCAGACCUAGGGACAUUGAUCCGAAAAAAUGCUCCAUCCGAUGGUCUUACAAGGGUGCGAAUGUGGUGGAGCUGGGACUCAAAACGAAAGACACUCUUCUCACCCAAAACUAUACCCUACUUUUCACAUCAGAGGAGAAAGUCCUGGAACGUGCAGGAAAUCAAGAUGUAGUCAUCUCCGUGAAGAGGAUUGAGCAAGUCUUUGGAGAACCAGAGACAGGGCAGUAUUAUACUACACCCACUCUCUCCCAGCGUUUAUUAGAGUGGUGGGCGCCUUACGAGGAGAAGAGCGAGAAGCCGUCUGAGCCCGCGGAGACGCCUCAGGAAGUAUCCUCUCAGCCGCCACGUGAUGGAAUGAGAGAUGCCGCUAGAGCUCUGUGGAGUCGAAUCACGAAACGAUAGGUAUUUUGCGAUGCAUGAGCUACGCGA